AUGAACAAUUCACAGGGAAACUCGCAUCUCGGUCUAUUCUGGAUCAUUGGCCUUUGCCUUGCUGUGGCUCCUAGUAAACGGAGAAGAGCUCUCCACGGUAUUUGGUGUUUGCUUGUAUUGGGCUACGUGUGCAGUUUCAACAUUUGGAAGUGCAUCAGCUUCAAUUCUGAUAUGCUGACCAUUGAGAGAGUUUUAUAUCUGAUGGAAUAUCCGGGCAAUAUGUUUAUUGUUGCACUUAUAAUAUAUAAUGUCAUCCGCUCUGGACCACGCCGAAAAUAUAUAGCCAGACAAACUAAACUUUUUCAAGUCAUUUUCGGUCCAGAUCAAUCGAAGUCAGCUCAUCAAUUUCGAGCUAGAUUACACCGGAAAUCAUUCAAACUCUUGCUGAUGACAUUGGCUUUCCAUAGUCUAUGCUUGCUGAUUGACAUGUCGUACUUUGGUUUUGACUGGGUCAAGACUUGGUCUAGUAACAGUGUCCAUAAUUUGCCAGCCGUUAUAAUAAGUCUUAAUCUACUGCAAUUCGAUCUGGCUCUUCGCUUCUUGUGUCUCUUGGAGAAGCAACUUUGUAGGCGUCUUGAAGAACUGCGUCUGAGCCAGAGACCACCGAUGGGACUAAAUAAACUUGAUGUCAGGUAUGAAUUGGCCUUUUCCCUCCUGGUCAAUGCUGGAGGCGGUUCCUUGUUGUUGUUGGAGCAAAUUCGUUCCGCCAGCUCCCAAUUAAAUCGCCUUCAUGAGCAAUUGAUUGGGAGUUUUGGUCUCAUUCUAGUCCUUAACUGCGGAAAUUCCUUAAUUAGCCUUUGCGAAGAAGUGUUCAGUUUGUUUAAAUUUUUCGAAAAGCCAGAAUGGGACGAGUGGUUGCUAUUGAUAUAUCGAUGUUUAUGGUCCUUCAUGCAUGCGGAACGUAUUUGGUUUAUACUGGUGGCCAACGAGAGAUUAUUGGAACAGAAAUGCCAUCUUUCGAUGCUUCUCAAUCAAUUGGUGGUAUGUGAAACUCGCCUGGAGCAAUCAGUUAACAGAUUUUUGCUGGAGAUUCAGGUUGGGCUAAGGCAAAAAGCUUGCGGUAUCAUCGAUUUGGACACUUUGGCCUUGGGUGGGUUUAUCAGUGCUUUUAUGGCUAUUGUUAUAUUCCUCAUUCAAAUCGAACUGGGCAAUAAAUCACUAAUGGGUUUUGCCGUCAAUAGAUCUCAUUGGAAUUACGUUUGA